UUCGGGAGGUGGCUACGGCACCCGGCGGGGGCCAAGUCAGGUCUGUUCCGCGCUGCCAGUGCCCUCACGGCUGCUGCUGUCAGACCGGUCGCUUCCUCGCCUGCCCCGCCGCCGCCAUGGCCGGCUACGAGUACGUGACCCCCGAGCAGCUGGCCGGCUUCGACAAGUACAAGUACAGUGCGGUGGACAGCAAUCCUCUCUCUCUCUACGUUAUGCACCCAUUCUGGAAUACUGUUGUGAAGAUUUUCCCUACCUGGUUGGCUCCAAAUCUGAUAACAUUUUCUGGCUUCCUGUUGCUUGUCUUCAACUUCUUCCUCAUGGCGUACUUUGAUCCUGAUUUUUAUGCUUCCGCCCCUGAUCAUGAACAUGUUCCAAAUCGAGUGUGGGUCAUGGUGGGUCUCCUCAACUUCGUGGCAUAUACACUUGAUGGUGUUGAUGGAAAGCAAGCGCGCCGAACGAACUCCAGCAGUCCCUUGGGGGAGCUCUUUGACCAUGGCCUGGACAGCUGGGCCUGCAUGUUCUUCGUAGUGACUGUUUACUCCACCUUCGGGCGGGGAUCCAAUGGUGUCAGCGUCUUCGUUCUCUAUUUGCUCUUAUGGGUGGUUUUGUUUUCCUUCAUCCUCUCCCAUUGGGAGAAAUAUAACACAGGGAUUCUCUUCCUGCCCUGGGGAUAUGACAUCAGCCAGGUGACCAUUUCAGUUGUCUACAUAGUGACAGCGAUUGUGGGAGUUGAGGCCUGGUAUGCACCUUUCCUGUUUAAUUUCUUAUAUAGAGACCUAUUCACUGCAAUGAUUAUUGGGUGUGCACUCACAGUGACUGUGCCCAUGAGUUUGAUUAAUUUUUACAAGGCCUAUAAAAGCAACACUCUGAAGCACAGGUCAGUGUAUGAAAUCAUGCUGCCGUUCUUCUCACCAGCACUGCUGUUCAUUCUGUGCAUGAUCUGGAUCUUCAUGUCACCAUCAGACAUCCUGGAGGUCCAUCCCAGGCUCUUCUAUUUCAUGGUUGGAACAGCCUUCGCCAACAUUUCAUGCCAGCUGAUCGUGUGUCAGAUGAGUAGUACCCGGUGCCAGCCUCUCAACUGGAUGCUGCUGCCAUUAGCCCUGGUCAUCUUUGUGGUGAUCUCUGGAGUCGCACCACAUUGGGAAAAUCUUCUCCUAUACCUACUGACUGCUUUCAUCACCCUGGCGCACAUCCACUACGGAGUAGGAGUGGUAAGCCAGCUGAGCAAACAUUUCAACAUCCGGCCUUUCUCGCUACAGAAGCCCCGUACGGAUUGACUAGAAGGGGAAGAAGAGAAAAUCAGCCUGCAGUCUGCACAAGUACUGUAAAUAACUGCUGCAAAUAGCCUGCACUUCCACCAUCACCACAGACCUACAUCGAUCUUCUAGCCAGACACUGAGGCAGCGGGGGCUCAGCACCAGGACUGCCAUUGAGAAAACACAUACCGCCCUAUGGUGAGACCAGGCAAGGGGAGUAGCCUUUCCAAUUAUUCCUGUAUAUUAGAUUAGCCGGACAUCCUCAAGUCCUAACUCUGUUUGGGUACAGCUGGCUUGGGAACGUGGAUGGCAUCACUCAGAACGCAGGGUCACCAAAAUAACCUGGCAGCUGAGUUAGUAGCAAUGGCCUCAAGAAAUAUGUAACAGAGACGUUUGAGCUGCAGGGGCAGUGAGGAACGUCCUCGUCAUACAUGAAGGCACGAGUCACACACGCGGCUGUCUAGUGUUAGGUCAUCUGACAGGGUCUUUGUCCCUUGAUGCUAGUCUAGGGAGCAGUUCCCCAGCAUGUGCGCGCACACGUCCAUUCAUGCAGAAUGUUUGUUUAGAAGCUUCAAAUGAUAUUCCACUAGGACGACUUGGGAAUUGAGGGGUUUGACUAAGGCAGCUUUGCCAUCUCCUUCUCUCUUCUCCCCCCCCCCCCCCCCCCCCCCCCCCGUUUUUCCAGCUGUGGGUAACUGGGACCAUGUCUUGACAGUAUACUUCUUGUUAACCAUACACUGGCCACGUGUGUUCUUUAAUCACGAGCCCAUGAAGGGAACUUGAGCUCUUAGCAGGAAUAGUUAUUUUGGGGUGGAGGGUGGCUUAUUACCGCCUGCAAGAGCCAAAUUCUCCCUUCUGAUAAAUCAGUGCAACCUCAUUUAAUAUCAGAGGGUUGGCUUCCAGGGGGAAAGGGAGUUGUUACUUGCUACAUGGAGCUUGUCUCAUUUCAGACUUGCUGUAUGCACUACAAUUUGUGUGCACGUUCCCGGGAAGGGUGGGACAAUCUGUAUAUAUGCAGUAUCACAGCUCCAGAUAUCUGCACUGUGGCAAAUCCCACAGCUUGGAAAAACACUUGAAUAGUUCUUACAGCCACUGACAUGCACAUACACUUGUGGAUAUUUUAUUUGGGGAAAAGGAGAGGUGAUUUUUUUUUUUAAAUUACCAUUUAAUUUAGGUCACACCUGUCCUGAUGGCUAGGCCACACAUCUCAUCCAGCGAUAGCUUUCUGUUUACCAUAUGUUAAGCCGUUAGUGUUCAGUGGUUUUAUUUUUUGUAAUUCAUUUAAUUGAGUGGUGGUGAAGACUGAGUGCUGAUUUUCUUUUCUGUCCAUUGUAUUUAAUGAAUAUUUGUGAUUGAAUGAAGAGUGCAGCCUAAACCCAGGCUCUGGACAGGCUGCACUCGGAAGUGGGCAAGCACAAGGAAUGUUCAUAUAUAAUGUAUUGUGGGAACAAAUUCAUUCAGACCUGGGGAGUAGCUUGGUCACGGUGUAUUCCUUCCCUGGGUGAAAAAUCUCCUGCUCUAGGAAAACUGAACUGUCAUUGUUAUUUAAUGCUUUUCUUUUCUAAAUUUAAAUCAUUGUCAUGAAAGUUAUACAAAACAGAACGUCCAGAAGCUAGUUCUCAGCAUUUAUUGUAAAUAGGUUGGUUUUAAUUUGAACUUGAAUUCUCACUGGGGUGUCCUGUACAAGAUCAUAGCUGAUGGAUAGAGGUACACCCUGCAAGACACAAUGGGGAGAAUUUAAUUUCAAGUGGGAAAAUACCAUUACUGCUUCCAUCUCUAGGUGUUUCCCAUCUUGUCUUUUUUGACUGUGGGGCUGAUUGGACUAAACACGUUGUAGUUGUUUUGUUAAUGUGUCAUGACUGUACAUCAGGAACUGGAGGACGGGGUUAAUCUGGGAGAGGAAAAAACCUUUUAUCCCCUCCCCCCCCAUGAAAUAAGAAGCUUACUCUCUCAUAUAUAUAUAUAUUACUGACAUUGUACAGAAAAAGCUUAAGUGUACAGAGGAAUUGGGCUGUGCUUCAAUUUUUGACACUCACAACUGUUGAAUUAAAUAUGUAAUUAUGGGCAAAUUAACUUAAGUGAAAGUUGCACAAGAAACAUUAAGAAAUUGAAACCAGAUGUUGAAAAUGGGACACACAGUUUAACUCUGUGGAACGUUCUCCUACUGCACAGUCUGCCUUUGCAGCCGUGACAUGUUGCUGAGGUUGGGUUUUUCCGUUUGCAUGCUGAUGGAUCAUGGAAUACUUGGGCCAGUUCCCCUGGACUAGUCACGUUAAGAAAUGUCUGGGUCCCAAGCAUGAAGCUAAAUGUGUUAUGCAUUUCCUUUUAUGGCAUGUCCUAUUUCUCUGCCCCAUCCCCGCUCCUCCGGCAGCACUGCUGUGUUCAGAUUGGGGUGGUGUUUACAUUGUGAUAUUCUAUCUGCUCGGUUCCCUAGUCACUGUUCCUCUGGCUGUGGAGUACAUUGAACUAUUCCUUUGGGCAGUGCAUGGAAACAUACCCUGAAAAACCCACACUCAGUUGUGUGGAAGCUGGCAGCUAGAGCAGGGCUUGCAAUCUAAACGCCUUCGUGCAUUUUACUGACAUGUCCUUAAGGCAGGAUGUCUCAAAACCAUUUCCGUGCACAGGCUUAUCUUUGGGGAGUCAUGGAAUUUGGUGCCUUCACUUACUGCAUGUUGUGGCUAGCAAAACAUCUACAAUCAAAUUUAUGCUAGAAACAAGUUGUAAUGCUGCUGAAGCUCAGGCAGAUGGGGGCAGGAUGAGCUCUCUACCCUGUCCGAUUCUGCUCCCUGGGCACGGUCUGCCCCCCAACACAAUAAACAGUUUUCAUUCACGCAGUUUUUAUCUGAAUUUAGUGACUGACAUGCUUGAUGUCAUGGAUUCUGGGGAAUGAAAUGUUUGAUCAGAAAGAGACAAUUACAGCCACCUCACCAAAAGUGUGCGCGAGGGGGAGCUAAUCUUUUGGGUUGGUUUAUUUUUACAGAAAACUGGUGUGUUCUCCUAAUUUGAUCUUUAAAAAUAACUUGUUCUCUAGUGAAGGGUUGGAUUUGGCCAUUGUUCUGGCCUCUGAAAUACUGGGUAAGGAGGAGACAUGAAGGUGGAAAUUCUGUUUCCUCACGCUGGCCUCUUCCUUUAUAGAGGUGUGCGUUCCUUUCCGGUGCCGUGCUGUUCGGAAGGGAUGAUGCUCUAACUCGGGAGCAUAUUUUCCCAUGCUUAGAAUUCCCCUUCUGCAUAUUUGAGAGGCACUCUGAGCCCUUGUGUUUCUCGUUACUUGUUUUGUGUCCUUAAUUCUUGAGACCUCUGCCUUGCCCUGAGCGAGCUGCACAGCUGCUUUUACGAUCCUUAAAAAUGCUCCCCAACUGAUGCCUCAGUGCUGUAAAUUGUACCUCAGCCUGGAAUAUUGGCAGGUGGAGCUGAGUACUGGGGAAGGACACCUCUAGGCUGUCAACGUGCCCAAGGCAGGUAGUGUAUGUAAGUGGGUGGCUUCAAAAUGGACUGUUCUGUGUCUUGUCUUGGUUAGUCAUUAAAUCUCCACAAGCCAGUUGCUGUAACAUCAUCCUGCUCCCGUUCCUGUGCUAGAGACUAGCUGGAGCACUGUGAAAAUAAGCCAGUGGCUUGAUGAAGACACUUUGACCCCUUGUGUUCCUGCGAUUAGGGGUCUUUGGUUGAAGUGAGUGUUGGGAGCCUUGGGAGCAGACACAAAUGCCAGUGCGUGGCUUCUUCCGCUCGGAAAAACGGUUUGUUAUGCACGCAGCUUCAUUGCCAUGCUGAGGCUUCCUGAGCAUGUGUAACGCAGACUUGCACUUUGCCCCGAGACCUGCAGCCCCCUUCCCUCCCAUGCAACAUCUUCUGCCGACCCCCGUGUUCAUCCCCGUGACUGUAAAAUCUGGCUCAUGGGACAUGCAUUUAGCUGGGGCACAUGCAUGCGGGUUUAAGAGCUCUCUGAAGUCACUGGUAUGUUAAUGAAAGUAGCCAUUGUGGUCCAAGUUAGCAUCCCUCACAAGCGUUUCUGUUGCGGUUGGUCCAUUGGGUACAAACAGUAAGAAAGGCAGAAACUGCAGUGCUGAGAUUGUACCUGGCCUGCUGUGCCCUGUGUGGUGAAUUUAUCAUGCUCGCAUCCUGAUCUAGAGUACCGAUGGGGAAUCAGCCAAUACCGAAGCUCAUGGCUUUUUUUAAAUGGAUGACUAAUGUCUUCAUGCAGCUUGGGGGUUUCUUGGUCACUACAGCAAAAAUAUUCAGAUCUUGGGUUUCUGAAGUUAGGCUCCUGCAGUCCAUACUUAAGUUCCUAACUAGAACUGGCCUCUAAAAAUCUGGUGUCCUCUACCUGGGCUCCUAAACCUUAGCAGAAUGUUUUGGCCUGUUGUGACUUCCCGAAGUGACAGAUCUGAUUUGUUGGAUCUUUAUAAAUAAAUGUUGCUUUUUUGGAAGCUGUGACCCAGCUGAAUUUUCCUACCCGCUGAGGGCUGGGCUGCGCUACUGCGUAAGUUGAUGUAACUUACAGCGCUCAGGGGUGUGAAAAAGACACCCCCAUGAGCAACACAAGUGACAUCGACUUAAGCGCUGACCACACUGGCACUAGGUUGGCAGGAGACGCUAUCCCGUCAGCAUAGCGGGGCUUCACCAGAUGCGCUACAGUGGCUCAGCUGCAUCCAUGUAGCUGUGCUGAUGUAGCCUCAUAGUGUAGACUUGUCCUUCAAAGAUGCACUCAGCGCUGCCGCUUGCUAUGCAAGUAACUUGAACAGCUGGGAAGCUCUUGUGGUUAUAGCUAAUGGUGUGUUAACAGUGGCAUAAAAACCCAACAACUUGGAUUUAGGUGAUUUGGUUCAUUUGUAAAGGAGACCGGCUCCUCUUUCCUUGUGCUGCAGCACUGGGAUGAUGGUAAAUCAUCUGCCUGCUGAAAGCCACGGGAGAAUCUCUCUGUCACAGGUGGUGUGCCACUCACUGGGGGCAUCUUGGGCUAUGGGUUGAGAUCAGCUGGGCUGUCUUCAACCUUAUUGGUGCUUUGCUGAAAUGCAGAUGGACGGCAAACUGGGCAAGGGUCGUAGUAGCCAAGGGAAGCCUUCGCUAGUACCUUGUUUGCCUUAUGUCCCCAGUCUACCUCGCAGCAUUGUAUUGGAGGUGGCGGCAGGCUAGGGUUGCGGAGACGACGUUUUGUGUCUUCUGACUUGGAAUGUGGCUGCAACAGACGUUUGUGUAACCUCUUUGCUGCUGAAUGAGGUCUUGAUUAAAUUGGAAAAAUCCUACACUGCAGCUGGACUUGUCAGUGUCACCUGUUUUGUAUCUUACGGCAACAGCAAAAAACCUAACAGAACAGGGAGGUGUCACGUAGCAGCACGUUCUUAGCAGACCUGCGUCCCAGAGGAAAGCUGUACCUUGGUUAGCCACCAUCACGGCGUCUUAUGGAACAUGCUCCAGGAAUAAAGAUCUAUUAAUAGGUAGUGCUAGUUGUUACUAACCAGUUAAUUGUUCAGGUGCAUUUGGGUUGGAGCGAUGGUCUCAUUCCCAGAUAUAAAUCUGCCUCAUUCGCUCCAUUCUACCAGGACCUAUUUCUUAUUACUUGACAGCUGGUCAGACUGGUCCAGGGUGACAUGCUUUUUGGGCAGCAAGACGUUCUUUCUGACACAGCAUCCCCUGCCAGGGCAGCCCUUAACUGAGUGCAGAGCCGACUAAACCGAACGGUGUGCUUUGGGGGCAGGCCAGCGGGAGGCCUGAGCUGAAAAUGCUCGGGAAGGUGACUCUGUAACAAUGACGUUGUGGGCUGUGUGUUUGUAUCUCCCAGGCUUCCAGAUCAAACGGGUCUUCUAACGGCCCGCCCUGCUCAUUCAGCCUGCACUCUGAGAGUCGAGCUGGGCUCGUGUAUCAUCCCCAGCAAUGGAGACUGUGCAGGCCACACCCUACCCUCAGUUACACCCAUACAACGGAUGGCAAAGCAGAGCAGAAUCCUCCUCGUUCGGGCUCUGCAGCGCCAAUGGUGUUGGAGCAGAAAAGGCUCAUGCUAGUAGUUGUGGGUGGGAUUUUCCAAAGUCACUUAAGUGCAGGUCUGUUGAGUAAGAAGGGGGCAUCUUAAUGGACUCUUAGCAUACAACUGCCUGCUCCUGCUCCCUUCACUCUUUGCGCUAAGUGGGGGAGUAACCCCCAUGACAACACUUCCCCUUCCACCUACAGAAACAAAAGCUUCCGUGGCAAGUAACUGUAACGUGGACCCAUCGUGUUCCCUGAUCCUGGCCCUGUGGGACUGUGGCCUGGUAUCACGGCUCUGAGAGCCUCUGCUUGUCAUUUCACUGCCGUGAGUCGGUCUGCAAGCACAUCCUGUCACAUCCUGCCCAUAGCCUGGCCAGGACCAGUCACCGCUAAGCAAACUGAUUGUACAGAGCUUUAUUUAAACAGGAAAAUACAGUGUAACUAGAUAUUGUCUUGUCAAUGCAGAGUUCUACCAAACCAUGUCUCUCUGUUGGGAGCUUAGAGUUCUGCAGUGGAUUUGAAUGCCAAUCUGUUAAAGGCUAUUGCUGAUAAAUAUUUAUUGUAAAAAAAAAAAAAAGAUUGAAAAUGAAACUUCAGUAAAGAAUAAAAUUUUCCAAACCUUUUA